AUGUUAGGGUUUUUAACGGCAAGUUCGAGUACGACCAGCAGAAUACCAAAAGAAGGAAGCUGCGAGCCUCGAGUUCAUCUUUGCCGGAGAUGGAGUCCCGCCGUAAGCCGCGGCGAGCGAGUAGACACACAGCCACCGGUAGAUUGUUUGGGAAGAGUUGAGCUACAGAUAAAUGAACAGUGGCCAGACAUUUGUGCUGGGCUUUGCUUUCUAGCGGUGAAGUAUAUGGGCCUAAUACUGGUCAUUGGACUUCAGUUCGGGAGGAGUUAUUAUGAUAUUCUGCAAGUGCCCAAAGGCGCCUCCGAUGAGCAGAUAAAGCGUGCGUACCGUAAGCUUGCUUUGAAGUAUCAUCCGGACAAAAAUCCAGGAAAUGAAGAGGCGAAUAAGAAAUUUGCAGAGAUUAAUAAUGCUUAUGAAGUUUUGUCGGAUGGCGAAAAGAGAGGCAUAUAUGAUAGAUAUGGUGAAGAAGGUCUUAAGCAGCAUGCAGCUGGUGGAGGCAGAGGUGGAGGAGGAAUGAAUAUUCAAGAUAUUUUUAGCUCAUUUUUUGGUGGAGGUUCUAUGGAAGAGGAAGAGAAGGUUGUGAAAGGCGAUGAUGUGAUUGUUGACUUGGAUGCCACGCUUGAAGAUCUAUAUCUGGGGGGAACUCUAAAGGUUUGGAGAGUGAAAAAUGUAAUAAAACCAGCUCCAGGUAAGAGGCGCUGCAAUUGUAGAAAUGAGGUUUAUCACAGGCAAAUUGGUCCUGGAAUGUUUCAGCAGAUGACAGAGCAGGUUUGUGAUCAGUGCUCUAAUGUUAAGUAUGAAAGGGAGGGUGAUUUUGUCACCGUGGAUAUUGAGAAAGGAAUGCAGGAUGGACAAGAAGUGGUAUUUUAUGAAGAAGGUGAGCCAAUACUUGAUGGUGACCCUGGAGAUCUAAAGUUCCGCAUACGUACUGCACCUCAUGACCGCUUCAGAAGAGAAGGCAAUGAUUUGCAUACAACAGUCACUAUUACUCUGGUCCAAGCUCUUGUUGGCUUCGAAAAGACCAUUAAACACCUUGAUGACCAUUUGGUGGAUGUUAGCUCCAAGGGUAUCACUAACCCAAAGGAAGUGAGGAAAUUUAAAGGCGAAGGUAUGCCAUUGCAUUAUAACAAUAAGAAAGGAGAUUUGUACGUCACGUUUGAGGUUCUAUUCCCAACUUCAUUAACAGAAGACCAGAAGACAAAGAUCAAGGAAACACUAGAUCAGUAUGAAGGAGAUGUAUCGGUACUCGGGAUAUCCUGA